AUCCCGUUGAAUCGCAAAGCUCCUCAAACGGAGGAAGUUUGGCCUCAGCGCUUGCUGUAGUUUUGCAUGAAAAGUUGGCGGGCUUUGCGGUGUUUUGGAACCGGUGUCUGCUGUUUGAGGACUAUGCGUGUCACCUGAAGCCCAGCGUCUCCCGGCGCUGAGGAGAAGGAAGUCAUGAGGAGGAGCCUCGCCCCCAGCCAAGUGGCCAAACGGAAGCACGCGGAAGAUUCCCGCGAGGAUGUCCCCCGGAGUCAGAGUAAGGACAAGAGAAAAAGAGAAGAGAAGGAGCCGUCCCCCAGAAAACCUCUGAGUCAGCUGAACCGGCCUGCAUGCACGGAUGCCGAAAAGCAUGAGGCUUUCAUCCGAAGCAUCCUCUCCAAGCCCUUCAAAGUUCCCAUUCCCAACUACAGUGGCUCGCUGGGAAUUCGGGCUCUGGGUCUGAAGAGAUCCGGGGUGAGGAAAGCCCUUCAUGACCCGUUUGCUGAAGAUGCUUUAGUGCUUUACGAGCCUCCGACUCAGAGCGCCCACGACCUGAUCCGAGCAGACAAAGACAAACUUCCCGUCCAUGUUGUGGUGGAUCCAGUUUUGGGCAAAGUGCUGCGACCCCACCAGAGAGAGGGGGUGCGGUUCCUGUGGGAGUGUGUGACUGGCAGACGCAUCUCAGGCUCGCAUGGCUGCAUCAUGGCUGAUGAGAUGGGUCUGGGGAAGACGCUGCAGUGCAUCGCCCUCAUGUGGACGCUGCUGCGCCAGAGCCCUGACGCCAAGCCGGAGAUAGACAAGGCCAUCGUGGUGUCGCCCUCCAGUCUGGUCCGGAACUGGUACAACGAGGUGGGGAAGUGGCUGGGGGGGCGAGUCUCACCGGUGGCCAUUGACGGGGGCUCCAAGGAGGAGAUUGACAGGCAGCUGGUGAACUUUGUCUCCCAGAACGGGUUGAGGGUUCCCACGCCCAUCCUGAUCAUCUCCUACGAGACGUUCCGGUUGCACGCUGCUGUGCUGCACCGCGGCAGGGUGGGGCUCGUGAUCUGUGACGAGGGACACCGACUCAAGAACGCCGACAACCAGACGUAUCAGGCGCUGAAUGCCAUGAGUGCCCAGAGAAGGGUGCUGAUCUCCGGCACCCCUAUCCAAAACGACCUGCUGGAGUACUUCAGCCUCGUCCACUUUGUCAACGCUGGGAUUCUGGGCUCGGCGCAGGAUUUUAAGAAACGCUUUGAGCUCCCCAUCUUAAAGGGCCGGGACGCCGACGCCAGUGACGCAGACCGGCGGGCGGGGGAGGAGAAACUAAAAGAGCUCAUUGGAAUCGUCAACAGGUGUUUGAUCCGGAGAACGUCGGACAUCCUGUCCAAAUACUUGCCUGUGAAGGUGGAGCAGGUGGUGUGCUGCAGGCUGACUCCUCUGCAGGCAGAGCUCUACAGGCUGUUCCUGCGGCAGGCCAAACCUCUGCAGACGCUGCAGCAGGGCAGCAUGAGUGUCUCCUCUCUGUCCUCCAUCACCUCACUCAAGAAGCUCUGCAACCAUCCAACACUGAUCUAUGACAAGUGUGUGAGUGGGGAGGAGGGCUUUGACGGGGCUCUGGAUCUGUUUCCUCCUGGAUACAGCAGCAAAGAGGUGGAGCCUCAGCUCUCUGGGAAGAUGCUGGUUCUUGACUACAUCCUGGCCAUGACGAGGACCACCACCAGCGACAAGGUGGUGCUGGUCUCCAACUACACUCAAACACUGGACCUGUUUGAAAAACUAUGCCGAUCCAGAAGAUACCUCUAUGUGCGACUGGACGGCUCCAUGUCCAUCAAGAAGAGAGCCAAGAUGGUGGAGAGGUUCAACAGUCCAUCUAGCCCAGACUUCAUCUUCAUGUUGAGCAGCAAAGCUGGGGGGUGUGGCCUCAACCUGAUUGGCGCCAACCGCCUAGUGAUGUUCGAUCCAGACUGGAACCCGGCCAACGACGAGCAGGCCAUGGCCCGGGUGUGGAGGGACGGCCAGAAGAAGACCUGCUAUGUUUACAGGCUGCUGACGACAGGGACCAUUGAGGAAAAGAUCCUGCAGAGGCAGGCUCAUAAAAAAGCUCUGAGCAGCUGCGUGGUGGACGAGGAGCAGGACGUGGAGCGCCACUUCUCGCUCGGCGAGCUACGAGAGCUCUUCACGCUCAAUGAGGAGACCACCAGUGACACUCAUGACAAGUUCCGCUGUCGGCGCUGUGUCAACGGCAGGCAGGUCCGUGCCCCCGCGGAGGGCUCGGACUGCACCAGCGACCUGUCCCAGUGGAACCACUGCUUCGACAAGAGGGGCCUGCAAGACCCGGUUCUGAAGGCGUCCUGGGACGCCGCCGUGUCUUUCGUCUUUCACCAGCGCUCUCACGAGGAGCAGAGGGGGGCCUCGUAGCAGGAAGGGGGACUGCUGUGAACGUGCACGUACAUGCACGGGAUGCGCCAGUGUUUCCAGGAUCAAUGGUGGUGACAAGCUUCUUUAAAGAAGCAGCAGGAAGCGUGUUCAGUCUGUCGUCCUGGGUCGGUGCAGAGGGCCACUCUGACCUCCUAAUCAGAACCGAGUUCUUUUGGUCAUCAGGGGCUCAGUCCGUCGCUGUGUGGAUGACCCGGUUCUGUUGUGGUGGUGAGUAGGCACUUGAGCAUCUUGACGCAGUUAUGGCUAAGUGUGGAAUCUGUUGCCAUGCCAACCAAAUAUCCUGUCCAUAUCCGAGUUCUUGAAUGAUCUCAGGAUAAUCUGAUGUCCUGAUCCAAUAUCAGCCUUUAUCCUAAAACAAUUAAAUAAAAUCAUCACUCAGAGGAACAAAACAUGAGACCCAAGGUAGCCUGCGUUUCCAAGGAAACGGCGGGAAUGUUUUUACCUUUAAAAACACUCAAUUCCCACAUUUGGACCAUCGGUGCUGCCAUGUUUAUCCAGAACGGACCUGUUCCUCUUUGACAGAUGGGAAAUGCCUCAAUUUUAGGGAAAUUCUUUAGUCUGGAAUUACGGUUGGUGAGACAGAAACACCACCCUUUAAAUAUCAUUCACUCUUUGCUUUAUUGGACAAUAACUACUAGAAACAAAUGGAUCUAAUUAUCUGUAUAGAGGUCUGUGGCCCCUGCUGCUGCAGGAGGUGGAGGAAUCUGUGCGUUUUUAGGCACAGAUUCCAUCAACUAUUGGAUUUUACAAAACAAUUGCUGUGUAUUUUUGCUAUAAUAUAUUAAAACAUUAUUGUGCAGCUGCAUGGUUUAUUUUUGCAUUUGCUCUUUUCUGAUCCAUUGUCACU